ACCGGCAUUGCGGCGGGCAGCCCGGGGUCCUGCGGGGCAGCAUGGACGACGAGGAGGAGACGUACCGGCUGUGGAAGAUCCGCAAGACCAUCAUGCAGCUGUGCCACGACCGCGGUUAUCUGGUGACGCAGGACGAGUUGGAUCAGACGCUGGAGGAAUUCAAGGCGCAGUUCGGGGACAAACCCAGCGAGGGCCGCCCGCGCCGCACCGACCUGACCGUGCUGGUGGCUCACAACGACGAUCCGACCGACCAGAUGUUCGUUUUCUUUCCCGAGGAGCCCAAAGUCGGCAUCAAAACCAUCAAGAUGUACUGCCAGCGCAUGCAGGAGGAGAAUAUCACGCGUGCGCUGAUCGUGGUGCAGCAGGGAAUGACUCCCUCGGCCAAGCAGUCCCUGGUCGAUAUGGCUCCCAAAUACAUUCUGGAGCAGUUUCUGCAGCAGGAGCUCCUGAUCAACAUCACUGAACAUGAGCUGGUCCCAGAGCACGUUGUCAUGACAAAAGAAGAAGUAACCGAGCUGCUGGCCAGAUAUAAGCUGAGGGAGAACCAACUCCCCAGGAUCCAGGCUGGGGAUCCCGUGGCCCGAUACUUCGGGAUAAAGAGAGGCCAGGUGGUGAAGAUCAUCAGACCGAGUGAGACUGCGGGCCGCUACAUCACCUACAGGCUGGUGCAGUGACAGAGCUCUCAGAUGUGAAACAGUUCUGUGACAUCUGACCUUCCCACCCACCGACAGCUCACGGCUCCCUGAGCUCUGUUUGAUGGCUGAGGAACUCCUCUGUCCCUGCUGCCUCUCUGCAGUUGUUUUCCUUGGCCCAGUUCCUCAUUUUCCAGCGUGGAUUUUGCUGCAAAUCCUUCUGCUUCGUUAAGGAAUGCCAUGACAGCACCUUGAAGCACCUGGAUUGUACAAAUGAGUGGAAAGAGGCUUUUGCUACCCUGUUCUAUGAGAUCUUAUUUUUAAUAAAGGUUUGUACUCUU